AUGAAACGGAAAGCGUAUGCAGAAGCGCGACGAGUGUUGAAGGCAAAAAACAUACGCUUUCAAACGUUGUAUCCAGCCCGCUUGAGAGUGCACUACGAAGAGGGGGAAACGACCUACAAUUCAACGGAGGAGGCAACAGCGGACAUGGCGAGUCGAGGGCUCUCGGUGAAGGUGAUCGAGGGGCCAGACACGCUGUGGGAGAGAGUACAACAAGCAGCCUGGCAACCAGCGCGGCCCAAGAGGAGAAACCCUGCUGCAAACGCCACGGGGUUUAAAGAAAAGCUGCAGGCAUUCCGUCGAAUCUCAUCGAAGGAGAAUGACUGA